UUUGUACGUUAAAAAAAUGAAGAAACAUAUAUAAAAGUUAGUGCAAAUAGGUAAAAAGUGGAAAUACAAAUAUGAGAGAGAGAAGGGGUAGGAAAAGGGGAACAAAAGCACCUUCAAAUAGGGCCCAUAACAUGUCCUCUCAAAAGACCCCAAGAUGUGAUUUUCAUCUUUCUCCACUGCACUAACACAUUCUUUUCUUUCACCUCUUCUUCCACCUCCUGUCUCAUAUUUCUCCUUCCAAUUUUCAGUCACCAUGUCCACCCAAAUGCACAACGAAGCACCCUCAUCGUCAAGGGCUGCCGCUGCCGUCACCGCCGCCGCCUCUGAUCAGCGCCAUCAACAGCCGGUGCCCGUCCCUCUCAGCCGCUACGAAUCGCAGAAGCGCCGAGACUGGAACACCUUUGGACAGUACCUGAAGAACCAGACACCGCCAGUUUCGCUUUCCCAGUGCAACUUCAACCACGUGCUUGAGUUCCUCCGCUACCUCGACCAAUUCGGAAAAACUAAGGUCCACCUCCACGGUUGCAUCUUCUUUGGGCAGCCCGAUCCGCCGGCGCCAUGCACCUGUCCUCUGAGACAGGCGUGGGGGAGUCUGGACGCGCUCAUCGGACGGCUCCGGGCGGCCUACGAGGAGCACGGAGGGUCGCCGGAGACCAAUCCCUUUGGCAGCGGAGCUAUUCGCGUGUACCUUCGUGAGGUGAAGGAGUGUCAAGCAAAGGCAAGAGGCAUCCCUUACACUAAGAAAAAGAAGAAGAAGAACCAACUUAAGGGCCCUCAUCACCCUAAGUCCCUCAAGCAAUUGGCCACUUGAGAUCCAUGGAUGUCUUGCAUGCAGGGGCCUGACGAAGACUUACUCGAACUGGGGAUUUAAUAUGCGAAAGGGAAAGAGCAUGUCCUAAGAGUAUCAUCAUUCUGCUGCUUCGACUAAAAUUAUGACAAGAAAAUAUUGAAAUCCCAUUACUUAAUUAGUACGUAGUUCUGAACAUAAUAAUCCUUUUGGAGCAAGUUUGGUCUGAGUAGGUCUUAAAUAUAUAAAUAUAUAUAUAUACAUAUAUGUUGUAUCUUGUAAGUUGUUAUCACAUAUUAGACCUCUUCCCCAAAAUAGAAACGUUGAGGAUCGAAUGGAUAGAUUUACAGAUGUUUACUA